ACAACUAAUACAUCGGUCUUCACUUAUUGGGAUGGUCUUGAUAACGUCUACGAUCCCAAUAAACUUUGUGUUACCAUGGGUUGGGAUGGUGGAUUUAAUGCGUUGUUUAAAUGGAAGAUUGUGCCUUGCAGUACCACACAUCGUUAUAUUUGCCAACGAAAAACUACGACUACAAAACCACGCACAAAAACUGCAUCGAUUUCAACAGUAAAAGUAUUUACCAGCUCCUAUACAAUAGUAAGUACCGCGGCUAUAGUGAAUAAUGGGAACUUGAGCGAUACAAGCUUGGUGGGUUAUGCAAUGAUCGGUGUUGGAGCAAUAAUUGUCCUUGUAAUUUGUGGAAUAAUCUACAUCAAGUAUUACAGAAACACCAAACCUACGACUGAUAACGUCCACAAGAGAAACUCUGGUUCUGAGGAAGAUGAUGAUCCAGUUGUGGUUGAAAAUGUAUUGUACGGAACAUCUGCUGAACCAAUUCAAGAUCUAUACGAAGAAGCUGACAACGCAAGCACAGAUAAUGGUCAAAACGAAACAGAAGACAACAGUCGUGGGGACCCGUCGGAAGAUGUUUACACUCAAGUUGAGAAACAGAAAUAGAAGUCGACAAAAUGAUACGAUGUACACACAAACUUGUUACUAAAUGUAACAUCGUUCAUUCCACAGUAAAAUGGUUUUAGGGUUGUAUUUCUUAACCUUUUAUUAUACGUUUUCGUUUUUCAAAUUUAUAGUAAAGUGGGGGAAGUUGGGACUUCUUUAACAUAAAUAUCCAAAUAACCUGAUCGUGUUUUAAACA